UUAGCCUCAGCAGACCCACUUUCACACAUAAAGAACAGCCUGAGAGAGAGAGAGAGGAGACAUCGGGGAUCAGCUGUUGAAACAGAAGCAUUCACAGAGAGGAGAGAACAACAGAGACUCAGCAGUGCUGCUGAAGAAGAGCUGUUUACUCAGACUUUAGAGAGCCUGGACUGUAAGGGUGAGGAGUGAUUGUUUGGCUCAACUUUGGAUGAGUUCUUGAUUUAAAUCAGCAGAGAAAGAGACUUCUCUUUGAUUUGGAGCAAAGGAAGACGAUUUAGAAGAAGCCCAGAUCUUCCUCCAGCUGUCCUCACUUAAACCAGCUUUACUUCUGCGUCCUCGUGGAUCUACCAAUGGCUGCUGUACGUCAGAUGGUUAUGGAGGCCUCUGGCUUCCACGUCCUCCCAGCUCACCUUAUGGCCUCGGCCAUGGAGGAGUUCCCCCAGCAGCUGCCGGUCCCCAAGGGCCCAGCCAGAGGGAAGAGCCGCUCCCGCAGAUCUCGAGAGGCCCGCUUCAAAACCCAGCCAGUCACCUUCGCUGAGAUUGCAGAGGUAGAAGAGGAAGGUUCCUCACCCCUGGAGGAGGAGAAGGCACGCCGCUCCUUCCUGCAGUCUUUGGAGAACCUGCGGCGGAGCACACAGACCCUCCACUGCCCAGCUGCUCACCACAGCUGCACCCCCACUCCCACACAGGCCAGUCUGGACUCCAGUGACUCCGACUCCACCCAGUGAAGGGUGCACACCUUCUGGCACCCAUGAGCCUCUCUUCACCUUGACGCCGCUUCAGAAGAGGCCGACUGAACUGAACCAAACUGGCCUUUCUGCCAGCCUGCCUGUGUGUGAGAGCUGCUGUCAUACAAAUGUGCUUUUAAUAUUUACUAACACAGCAGCUGAAGAUGAUGCAUACCUGUAAAGACCUGAUCCAGGGCCUCAGAGCUGCUGGUUUUCUGCUGUAUAUGAGUGUAACAUUAGCAGAUGACACACCUCUCUUCACAUGUAUUCCUUUUCUACUGUAGAGAUCUAUGGGGAAAACUUGAACGAGGAAAGUUUGCUGAUAUUUUUCCACUUUAAAGAUGUAAUGGUAUUUUUGAUUCAGAUUUUUCUACUCGACCAGUCUCCACAGUAAGGACUGUUUCAAAAUUAUCCUAACUUACCAGGCUGUAAAUAUUCUGACUGAGCAAAGAACGGGGCGUUUAAGUGACCUGGACCUCACAGAAGCAGUAGAGAGACUUUAGAAACCAUCACAGUGAUGAAAUCUCUGCUCCUGCUUCAAUUCCUAAGCAAACAACGCCUUUAAGAUGUUUUUAUUUAUUCUUUUUUUUGUUCAUAACCAUGUGGAGUUGUAGAUGUUGCUCUUUCUGACUUCUAAAGUCACCUUGACUUUCAAAAAAUAACCUUCUUGCUGUAUAUUUGUUUUACUUUAUACAUUUAUGUUUAAAUAUUUGUUAUAUAUACUUUAAUAAAUAUUUUCAAGUA